AUGCACAAAUACCGCCGCCAGGCAAAAUACGUCGCCUGGUACGACGACCCCAACGACAACUCGACUUUCCCCAUCAGAAAUCCGUUUGCCAAAUGGCGACCUCACUCGAGAGUAAACUCGAUGCAGACAUUGGAAAAUGGCGAAGGCCGUGAUUCUCCGUUGAGACUCACCAGAACAGACGACCCCGAAGACUAUAGAACUUCAACUCCAACCGGAAGAAGAGAGGAGUUUGGUGUACAUUCUUCUGGGCGACACGCUGCCACGGCACCCAAUGCGAAGCCUUCAACCAAUCCAUAUGGGCCAGGUGACGAGAUCAACAUUCCUCGAGCCGCUAGUCCUGACCACUCAAUCAAAGGCAUCAAGGAGGAGGAACCCGACCGUGAGAGACCUGACGAUGGAACGAGCGCCGACACGUACGCGAAUGGGAAGCUAAGCAAAGGAACCGAUGGAUUGAAUUCGGUUCGUAGCCGAACCACUAGCGACAAAAACUCAUCGCAUGGACUCAAGAAAUUCUUCAGCAAGAAUACUGACGAAGCCGACGACAACAACGGCAAGGAUAAGAGACAAUAUACCGCGUGGGGCCAGAUUCGUGCCACCCUGUUCAACUCUUGGAUCAACAUCCUUCUGAUCGCUUCUCCAGCCGGGAUUGCAGUCUACUACGCUCACGUGGAUCCCGUUGCGGUGUUUGUCAUCAAUUUCAUUGCCAUUGUCCCGCUGGCAGCCAUGCUCAGCUACGCCACGGAAGAAAUCGCCUUACGAACUGGUGAAGUCAUGGGAGGUUUGCUCAAUGCAUCGUUCGGAAACGCCGUCGAAUUGAUCGUGUCUAUCAUUGCUCUGGCCAAGGAUCAGGUUCUGAUCGUCCAGACUUCCCUCAUUGGCAGUAUGCUGUCUAAUCUCUUGCUUGUCAUGGGAAUGUGUUUCUUCUUUGGUGGGAUCAAUCGCAUUGAACAAGCUUUCAAUAUCACCGUCGCUCAAACCGCUGCUAGUCUGCUCUUCUUGGCUGUCAGCAGCUUGAUCAUUCCCACUGCUUUUGAACUAUGGGCGAAGACCGAAGACGGCGAAACCAACAACACCAAUACGGAAAAUACGACAACGGAGAACGCAGAGCCCGGCGUAGUGAAGACAAGCAGGGGAACCGCCAUCCUCCUGUUGAUCGUUUAUGCCUGCUAUCUCUUCUUCCAGCUCAAGAGUCAUGCGAAGAUGUACAACGCCCCGAGUGCCAAGAAUGAAACGCGAGAUGUCGGUUCGAGAUUCAAGAAUGCCGUUAUUCCUGAGAAACUGCGACGAAGAACACCUUCGGAAAGAGAGGCGGUCCCAUCGGGACCAAUUGAAGAUGAACCCGAGGAGCCCCAGCUGUCGAUCUGGGUUGCAAUUCUCACUCUGACAAUCUCAACGGCCCUGGUAGCUCUAAACGCCGAAUACUUGGUCGAUUCCAUCAACUCCAUCACUUGUGAUGGUAGUAUCUCCAAGAACUUCGUUGGUCUCAUCCUGCUACCCAUCGUGGGCAAUGCCGCCGAACAUGCUACCGCCGUUACCGUGGCGGUCAAAGACAAGAUGGACUUGGCCAUCGGCGUUGCUGUCGGCUCGAGUAUGCAAAUUGCCUUGUUGGUCUUGCCUCUUGUCGUGGUCCUAGGUUGGAUUAUAGGCAAAGAUGACAUGACUCUCUUCUUCGACGGAUUUCAGAUUGCUGUCUUGUUCGUGGCAGUCUUGUUGGUUAACUAUUUAAUUGCCGACGGUCGCUCCCAUUGGCUGGAAGGGGUCUUGUUGAUCAUCCUUUACAUCAUUAUCGCAGUUGCUGCCUGGUUUUACCCUGCUGCUCGUGGUCUUAGUGACUGCAAGAAUGAAUGA